UAAGUUGUUAGUUCUUAUCUGAAUGUCGAAACAAGGCUAGGUUUAGGUGAAAUGUAUUGUCCGUCUUGGUUCUUCUCUGGUACCUGUGUUUAUACGUGUGUUUUGUCUUUCAUGUUAGCAAGGACGAGGCCACGAUGGUUGACGAUAUCGUUGAGCACAUUGCAAGAGAGCUAACCUCAAUGCAGCCACUAGAGAUGGGUGAUAUUGUUGGAAUGGACGCCCACAUGGAACAAAUCGAACCUCUGUUGGAUAUGGACUCGGCAACGAAUGAUGUCCGGAUGAUAGGAAUAUGGGGAAUGGGAGGCAUAGGCAAAACCACAAUUGCCAAGUUCAUAUAUAACAAAUACUCACCUCGGUUUGGUCGUCGCUUUUGCUUCAUAGAGAACGUUAGAAUUGCGGGAAGGAAUGGCCUCCCAGGUUUACAAAGAGAGCUUCUUUCUAACAUCCUGGGCAAAAAGCAAGCAAACAUCUCGGAUAAGGAGAAAGGAUGCAAUCUUAUCAAAUCAAAGCUUAAGAAACUCAAAGUUCUCCUUGUCCUUGAUGAUGUGGACAACGAGGAACAGCUUCUUGCUCUGGCAAAAGAUACUAGCUGGUUCGGACCAGGGAGCCGAAUCAUUAUCACAACACGAGAUUUAGGCUUGCUCCACUUCUGUAGGCUGAGAAUUGUACACCAUGUAAACUUUUUGGGACAUGAUGAUUCGAUCCGAGUCUUCAAACAAGUUGCUUUUGACGGGGGACGACCUCCUUCUGAUGUCUACGAACAACUAUCAAUCCGUGCUUCUAGGCUUGCUCAAGGGCUUCCUUCAGCGCUAGAUGCUUUUGGCACAUAUCUCCGUCAAAAGAUCUCUACAGAGGCGUGGGAAAGGGCGUUGGAUAUUCUUGAAAAAUUUCCUCCUCAAAAAAUCAUGGAAAUUGUGAGAACUAGCUACGAAGGUUUAGACAAACGAGACCAGGCUGUGUUCCUUCACCUUGCAUGUCUCUUCAACGGAGACAAUUUCCAUCGUGUAGCUACGCUAUUUGAUCAUGGUGAUGAACAAAUCAAAGAUUUAAGAAAGAAGUCUCUCAUUGAUCUAUCACCUGACGGAUGCAUCACAAUGCAUGUCUUGGUAGAACAAGCGGGGAGAGAAAUUGUGCUCCAUGAAUCCAAGUCCAAGCUUUGGAGGCGAAGAAUCUUGUGGGAACCCGAGGAAAUUGUUUCUGUGCUGCAAAACACCACAGUAGGUUUCCUCAAAACUAAAAGAUCAAUCCUCCAUCCUUAUGCAUGUACUUUCAUUGUCUUACUGUCAAGUGACUCUGGUGAAUCUAUUCUCAGGGUAUAGCAUUAGCAACAACUGAAGGUGUAUCACUACACAUGUGUGAUAUGCCUCGCAUGGUGUCUAUUGACGGUGGCAUUCUUAACGCAAUCAACAAUCUCGAAUACUUCAAGGCCUUCACACAUUUGAACAAUAUAGAGUCCACGUUGAACUUCGUUCCAUGCACUGAAAAUCUUCCCAAAACACUUAGAUUACUACACUAGGAUGCUUAUCCAAUGAAGACUCUGCCUUCUAAAUACUAUCCAUAUCGUCUCACUGAACUUAAUCUGCGUUACAGCAAUCUCGUGCGGCUCUGGGAUGGAAUCCUGGUAAGCUAGUGCAGUGCGUUGGUGUUGAGACUGAUUAAGCAAUCAAAAAGGUUU